UCGCGACUGCAGUAGUAUUAGUAGGUGCCCGUGCAGCCCUAUGCUCCUUUUCUCUCGAUAUCGUGGUUAGUUAAACUUCGAGUAGACUUUCAGGAGUAUCAUUUCUGUCAUUCGUAGCAGAUCACACAUUCCGGCCUGGGUGUAAUUGUGGAUGCAAGGGUCUUGUUGUUUGAUACAAUGGUUCACAAGACAAUAUUCCAACAUUAUGUGGAGGAGAUACUUGGAGAUGAUCUGAAGCUAGAAGGCAACGACGGGAGCAAAGACACGAAGAGAAGGGGGCAGUCGGAGAGGAUGUAUCAGCUGGUUGGAUUGGAAAAGACUCGAAAGGAGAUCGAGCAAGUGUCUACGGGUGAGUUAUUCUCGAAGACGCGCAGCAGGAAGAUCAAGGAAAAUGUACGAGUUACGGAUGCGAAUGCAAAUGUGGAGCUGGAGAAGUUUGGCCACCUGUGGAGGAAGUGUGAGGAGUAUGCCUCGUCUCCCAGGCUGUGUGGUAUGGAAGGAGUCGAUGUGCUGGUGGCGACAGAGCAGAAGAGAACAAAAAGAGCAGAAAAGAGGAUUCCGGUGCAAAUGAUGUCGAGGCUGUGCAAUUGCUUCAUGGCCCGCACUUCUCUUGCAGAGACUAAAUUUCGAAAGCGUGAAAUCAAAUCAUCGAAAGAAAAGGCCCCCAAUGACUCAGAGGGUUACGUCAGGAGUAAGAGAAGAAUUGAAGUGGACAAGGUUUACCUCUUCUGCCACGGCGGAAGCCUCAGAGAAGAAAAAGAAACUCCAGACCCACGAAGAGCAGCAGAGCAGAGAGAAAGGAUACAGCACCAACGUGAGAAACUGAUCGAGCCUCAUGUCUACACGUACAAAUCGAACACUUCAAACGGCGCAAUAAAAUUUCCAGCUCCUCCUGAGGCAAAAGGUUGCAAGAUGGCGAACCAGCUGAAAAAUGUUUGCAAUGCCUUCCGACAUCAGCAAACUCCACAGUCUCGCGCAAGACCUUUGAGCGGUUUUGAUGAAAAUCAUGUUCCUGUCAAGAACAACUUCUCCGAGUCGUCUGUUUCUGUCAGUUCACGCACGGGGCAGCCUACAAAAUCCAAUUUUCCGGGGAAGACGGGAGACAAGGUCGAGGUUCAGAAUAAGGACACAUCAGUUUCGAGGACUAGUGAAGGUCCUACUAGCUUCCCUGAGAAGAAACAACGUGCUCCAUCGACGACUGUGUCAGAUAUGGAUACCAAUGUGGGUCUUGCUACACCUCAACUACAGAGAUCGACAUCACUCAAAGAAUACUUCGAUGCAGAAAGAAAGGCCGAGGCUGCAAGUCAGGCGAAGAAGUCGGCUGAAGACAUCGAUACUUUUCACGAAAUUGAGGGAGAAAGUCCUCACCAUAGGAGGCUGAGGUACGAAGGGUUCAAGCAUUUGCAGUCCUGCAAACGAGCAGCGAGGAAAAUCGAGGCGAUCAACCAACAAGAGCAAGCGCGUCAGCGAGAAAGCGAGGAGAAAACAAAAGCUGCUUUUGAGUUGGACCCACAAAUUAAAAGAUGGUCCUGUGGAAGGGAGGGAAACUUGAGAGCUCUGCUUUCAAGCUUACAUAACGUUUUGUGGCCCGAGUGCAAGUGGAAGAGUGUUCCUCUUUCUGAACUCGUGACCCCCAGUUCUGUGAAGAAGGUCUACAGGAGAGCAUCCUUUUGUCUUCACCCUGAUAAGGUGCAACAGAAGGGAGGUACUCUCGAGCAGAAAUACGUUGCAGAGAAAGUUUUUGGAGUUCUGCGCGAGGCUUGGAACAAGUUUUACAGCGAAGAAUUGGCCUGAAAUUUUCCACAUUAGUAUUUGAGCGAGGGCAGUCUUCUUGAUUAUCCAUAUAUGCAAUUUGCCCUCGAAGAUUUUUCAAGGUGAAUGUUACUAUGUGAAAGAAUGUUCACCUAAGAGACUUGGCUAUGCUCAACAAGCAAUGUCAGGAUAUAGACGUAGAAAGUGCAUAGAAACAGAUGAGAAGCGUAGUUUAGAAACCAACAGCAUGCCUCUUGAAGAAAAUUUGGUCGUUUCGAGACUCGAACCCAGUCGAGUCGAGGUUAUAUUAGUAAACCAGAUUACAUAUCCUUUUCAAGUAGGAGCGAUAUCUUCCUCCCCAAUAACGGACUUUUCCAGUUUGCAUAUGAAAACUGUAAAGUCGACAUAUAUGCGCAGGAUGUCAGUUUAACAAUGGACGACAUCAAAAUUUGUAACAGAAUUUUGUUUAUAAUGUAAGGAUUAAUU